AGCGACGCAACGCGCGCCCGCUUAACUCCCUCGGAACCAGUGUCAAUUAAUUUCUCGCCCUUCUUUGUUUAUUUCGCGUGUCACUCGGCUCGGAUCUUUCACCCAACGCCAGUGUUUCUCUCACGCUCGCUCGCUGUCCCCUUUCUCUCCGACGCUCUGUCCACUUCCUGCGCGCUUUCGCGCUCCAAGUCCGCACUCCCUCUCUCUUUCCAACUGCCGCCACACUGCAAGGGCAGCAGUCAGAUAUCCGGGAAAUUACCGAGAUACGAGGCGGUUGCCCGUCGGAGCUGCUGCGGUUGCCCCCUCAACGACUAGAGCGGAUUGACCGGGCCGUGCAGUGUGGAAAGAAAAACCGACUGUUGCGAAGCCGCCGCGGUUUCGAAAAAAACUCGCGGCCACCCGAGUGAGUGUCGUCAGUUCUCCUGUCAUCGCUGCGCGAGACGGGAGCUGCUACGCUGCGCGUGGGACGGUCCUUGCUUGGAGCUCGUUUUGGUUGCAUCUACACCUCAUCGCUGGAAGAAAGAAGAAGAAAAAAAAACGCAUCUUGGGCGCCACUUUUCGUCGUCUUCGUCGACCUAGUGACGGGAAUGUCACUUUGAGCGCAGGAGGGGCAUCGGCAGCCCUUUCGGCGGUGAGCGGGAGCACGAGGCAUGGCGCAGAGUCGGCCCAUCAAGAUGGUGGUGGUGGGAGACGGCAUGGUGGGCAAGACAUGCCUGCUGGUCGCUUUCACCACUGGAGCCUUUCCCGGCAACGACUACGAGCCCACCGUCUUCGACAACUAUGCGGGCAGUCUACUUGUGGACGGCAUCACUGCCAACCUGACGCUGUGGGACACCGCGGGACAGGAAGACUACGAGAAGCUGAGGCCGCUUUCCUACCCUGGGUCGGACGUGUUCCUGCUGUGCUACAGCAUCAGCAGCCAAGCGUCGUAUAACAACAUCUUGACAAAGUGGCAACCCGAGCUCAAACAUCACUGCCCCUCGACGCCGUACGUCUUAGUGGCCACCAAAGCUGACCUUCGCCAAGAGGAGUCCACCGAGGAACUCGUGAGCCGAGCAUCGGGCAAGAAGCUGGCCUCCAAGAUCAAAGCCUACAGCUACGUCGAGUGCUCGGCCAAGACGGGAGAACGUGUCAAAGAGGUCUUUGAAGAGGCGGCCCGGGCAGUACUCCAGCCCAAAUCGUCAAGAAAGAAGAAGUUAGCUUGUAGGUUUUUAUAGGCAUGGCCUCGCGGGCGACAUCAGAGAUGUGUUUAUUGUGUCUCACUUAUUUAGCACGCUGUACAUGAGAAAGCCUCUGCAAUUUUUUUUUUUUUGUAAAUAGGUACAUAUAUCAGCGUCAGCGCAUCAUUCUUCGUACACGCAAUUUACUCAGUGGCGCUCCGGUACGCGCAUGUCGCAAUAAAGUAGAAGUGAAUCAUCCA